AUGAAGCGCAACAUUGUCAUCUUCCUCAUCAUCUUGAUCUUGUUCAUCCUUAUCGCGCUCAUUGCGUACCUCAUCUACUACCUCCAGACGCGGAUGGCGGUCGGCGGGACAGCGAGCACGGGGAGCGACAUGACGUCAGUUGCAUGA